GAAGUGAAACUCCGUGAUGAUCAAUAUACCCUUGACCACAUGCGUGCUUUUGGCAUGUAUAAUUAUCUUCACCUUGAUUCCUGGUACCAGGAUAAUGUCUACUAUGUUGAUCAGUUUGGAAGGGUUAUGAAUCUGUCAGUGACUCUGGACACUGCUCUACAAAAACCAAGAGAAGUUUUCAGGCUACCUACAGACUUGACAGCUUAUGAUAAUCGCCUUUGUGCCUCAAUACACUUCUCAUCUUCCACAUGGGUUACCCUUUCUGAUGGUACAGGAAGACUGUAUUUAAUUAAAUCAGGCAAGCGUGGAAACAGUGCAUCUGAAAAGUGGGAGAUUGCAUUUAAUGAAGAACUAGGAAGUCCAUUUAUUAUAGCACACAGUGUUUCAUUUGUAAAAUCUGAUAUGCAUUCAGUAGCUGUGCUGCUGCUUAGGGUAGAAAAAGAUGAAUUGGACACAAAAGGAAGUGGAUUUCAUAUUACCUUGGAAUGGGUUACAAUUGCAGAGAUAAGCAAAGAGGGUGAUCAUAGAUAUGAAAUCUUUAAAAGGAGAGUUUUACAAGGAAAAUCAGUCCCCCAUUAUGCAGCAAUAGAGCCAAGCGGGGACGGUCUAAUGAUUGUUUCCUACAAACCAUUCAAAUUUAUGCAAGAUGAAGAUGACAAAUUAGAAGAAAAUGACGAUGCAAAAGCAGCAAAUGAAAAGAAAGACCCUCUCUAUUACUGGCAGCAGACUGAAGAUGAUGUGACAAUAACAGUUCACAUUCCUCAAGACAUCACCAAGGAUGACAUAAAAGUACACUUUUCCUCUGAUGACAUAUGUGUUACACUGAAAGACCAGCCUCCUUUGAUGGAAGGAAAACUCUAUUCGUCUGUGGACCAUGAAAGCUGCACAUGGAUAAUUAAAGAGAACAAAAGUUUGGAAAUUUCUCUAAUUAAGAAAAAUGAGGGACCCCGGUGGCCAGAGCUAAUAGUUGGUGACACAAGAGGGGAAUUCAUUAUGGACUCUUCUCAAUGCUCUGAAAUAACUGAAAGCCUGAUGCAUCUUACCUCUGAAGUAAUGAAUCCAAACCCUGAAAAGGAAAACCCACCUUGUAAUGCUCAAGAAUUAGAAGAAUGUGAUGCUUUUCUUGAAGAUAGCGCAAGCUUAUGCAGAUUUGAUGGUGAUACCUUGAAAGUCACUCAUGUAAUUAAUCUUGGAAGCAACCAGUAUCUUUUUUCAGUUGUUGUGGAUCCCAGAGAAAUGCCAUGCUUCUGCCUGAGGCAUGAUGUUGAUGCUCUUCUCUGGCAGCCCCACUCAGACCAACCAGAGAACAUGUGGGAACACAUUGCAACUUUUAAUGCUUUAGGUUAUGUCCAAGCAUCAAAGCAAGACAAGAAGUUCAUGGCUUGUGCUCCAGAUUAUUCCUAUGCUGCUCUUUGUGAGUGCUUGCGGCGAGUUUUCAUCUAUCGUCAGCCGACUCCUCUGUCCACAGUUCUCUACAACAGGAAGGAAGGAAGACAAGUAGGACAGGUUGCUAAGCAGCUAGUAGCAACCCUGGAAGCCAAUGAUCCUAUUUUAGGCUUUCAAGCUACAAGUGAGAGAUUAUUUGUUCUCACAACAAAAACCUUGUUUUUAAUAAAGGUGAACUCUGGAAAUUAAUUAUUCAGUAUAUUCUGCUGUAGUUUGUGUUAACAAUUUGUUAAAAAACUGGCUAGGUAAAUGAUCUCAGAAGUUCAGUACAAUUUGUUGAAGUUUAAAAAGGAGGUAUUUUACAGGGGAAUC